GAUGAUCCUGUUUUACGAUAUUUCCAUUCUGAUUUACGGCACCACCGGUGCUGCAGAAACGAGUGGUGGAGAAGCUGGAAGUCAGAUUAGCUCUGCUAAAUUUCGCCAUAUAGUAAUUCAACUUGCAUAAAGACCAUUGUGAUUUUUGCUAAUUGUAAAGCUUACAUGUUCGCGUCAACCACAUAUUCUGGCAGUAAGGUGACUGCUGAGGUAGAUCUCUACUUUUCUCUGGGCAUUAUUGUUAGCUAACGGUAUAGCAGGCAGCAGUCUCCUCCUCAUCCUGCAGACUUCACUUCUCAAGAUCUGUCUUUGUUUUCUUUCUUUUACCGAUUCUGCACGAUUUUCUUGAAUCAUGCCUAUUCAGCUGACAAGUCAGGCUUACUGUAAAAUGGUUUUACAUGCUGCCAAGUAUCCUCAAUGCGCCGUGAAUGGGCUGCUGGUGGCAGAGAAAACGAAGGAGAAGAAGAAAGACAGCCACGGUGAACCGGUGUUGUGUGUGGACUGUGUUCCGCUGUUUCACGGUACACUUGCUCUGGCACCGAUGCUUGAAGUAGCUCUAACACUGAUUGAUACUUGGUGUAAAGAAAACAAUUACGUCAUUGCUGGAUAUUAUCAAGCCAAUGAACGCACAAAGGAUUCAAGACCCAACCAAGUUGCAGAAAAAGUGGCUGCCAGGAUUUGUGACAACUUCAGUGAUUCAGCUAUUGUUAUGGUGGACAACAGUAGAUUAACAAUGAGCUGUUUUGAGCCCAUUGUGCUUAUCUAUGACCAUCAUGAAAACAAGUGGAAAAACAGAGAAGUAACUUCUGACUGUUUUGAGGACUGGAGCGAAGCACAGAAGAUCACAUCUGCUCUGUUAGAGGGCAGGUCCUACGAGAACUUGAUUGACUUUGACAAUCACUUGGAUGAUCUGAGAAACGACUGGACCAACCCUGUGAUCAACAAGUCCGUCCUGGAUCUGUGCUAAAAGACUCAGUCCAGAGAACCCUGGACAUGCAGACAAAUAUUGCUUCCGUUUCAGCAUGCAUGAUGCUACUUGUCGUGUAGCACAGGAGUACAAAAAUGCUGAACGCAUGGUCUUUGUUCCAUUAAAAGACCCUCGUACUGAGGGGAACUUGCGGAUCACUGACUGGUUAGCCAAAAUCUCUCAAGGGCAAGCGCCAUAUGUGCACUCCUGGCAUGUGUCCACCUUUACAAGGUGAUACUGAAGUGAUGAAGGCAAUUAUGUUUUUGACUGCAACUGUAAUGGGUUUUUUCUGCAAUGGUUUGUGUUUAUUCAUAGUUGUGUGCAUAAAGUUAAAUUCUAGAGUAUUUGAUCUAUUUUUUCCUCUUAAAUUUUACGGGCAGUAGCCAUACAGAAAUCAAGUCCUAAAUUAUUAAAAAUUUAAGGAGACGAUUGUACUACUGAGAUAUGACAUGGAUACAUGUUCUUUAUUAAAUGUCUAGUUUGUUUGAAGCCCUGAAACUAAAUUCACAUGUAGAACUGUAGUCUGAAGAUGUUUGUUGGCAGUUUAAUUAAAAACAUUAAACAAAAUAAGUAUAUAGAUGACAUAGAAUCGGAGAGACGGGAAUCUGUUAUUUCUUAUCUGACUGUAUGUCACAUGUCAGCUCGAGUCCAUCUGUAGAUGCACCAGCAAUAACAAUGGGAUGAUUGACUCAAGAGCUUUGACUUUUAAAAUAUUAAUGCUUAUGUAAACAUUUCUAUGAUGCAUGUGUCCUGUUUUUGCUCCUGGUGCACUUCAGAAUGCCAUUCUGGAUGAUACACAUGUUGGUAUAUUGGCUUUUGGUUGUUGCCCUGGAAGAUUCGUUCAGAAGUACACCGAAUCAGAUCACAGGAAUGUGUGAAUUUUGUUUUAACUGGGUAACUGUUGUAAGAAUUAGGUAAUAGUUUGUAAUUAUACUUAAAUGACCACUCUAAAUCCUACUAUUAAUAAAUAAUGUUAAAGAUUUAAAUCCUUAAUGUGAGGACACAGAACUACCUUUGUAUUUCAGAUUAGAAUUAAUCAGUAAGAGUUAUUAAAUAAUUGGGUGGAUGUCACAUUUUUUACAGAACUUUUAUGAACUGAAUGUACAAUGAAACCACCUUUGGAAACUAAGUCUUUGUCAGAUUUGUGUCAUUUAAUAUGUCAAUUUGCAUGACAGAAUUUAUAAUAAAACCAUGUUAUGACUAA